AUGAAAUCACUUUCCCUCUCCCUAUCAGAUCCCUACCAACUUCAUACUAUUCACACCAUCAUAAUGUUCAAACGCAUCGUUUCAGUUGUGCCCCGCGUUGGCUCUGUCGCGACACGCUCCACCCUCUCGCCCCUCGCCUCCGUGCGGGCGACUCAGCCUACUCUCCGCGGCCUCGCCCCCCAGCGCCGCGGCUAUCACGAGAAGGUCCUCGACCACUACAACAACCCCCGCAAUGUCGGCUCCAUGCAGAAGGGCGAUCAAGACGUUGGCACCGGCCUCGUCGGUGCCCCUGCCUGUGGUGAUGUCAUGAAGCUCCAGAUCCGCGUCAACAAGGACUCCGGCCGUAUCGAUGAUGUCGUCUUCAAGACUUUCGGUUGCGGCAGCGCCAUUGCUUCCUCCAGUUACCUGACCGAGCUCGUCCGUGGCAUGACCCUCGACGAAGCUGGCAAGAUAAAGAACACCGAUGUGGCCAAGGAGUUGUGCUUGCCUCCUGUCAAGCUUCACUGCUCUAUGCUCGCUGAGGAUGCCAUCAAGUCCGCUAUCGCCAACUACUACACUAAGAACCCCAACACCCGGGUCACAGAUCUCUCCGGGACAGGCGGCUCAAUCCCCGACGUCAAGGUCGAGAUCGAGCAGACCUCCACCCCCGCCGCUGCUAUCUAA